UUGCUCCUCCUCUCCUCUCCUCCUGACAUCAUCCGCUUUUCAUCUUUUCCUAGGAUAAUUCAGACUGGAAGUGAACUACAAUCGUUGUUAUGGCAGACGCUCCUCCAAGUUCCGCAGACGAAAAGCCCCAAAACCCAGUUUCACAGGCCGUACAACCCGUUAAUCAUGAUAGUCAGGAUACUAAGGUUGAGCCUGUGAAGGAGACUUCUCCGACUUCUGUUUUUGUGAACUCAGAACCAAUUCGAGAAGAGCAGGUACAAAAUGCUGUGAAGUUUCUUUCACAUCCAAAGGUUAGGGGAUCUCCUGUCAUCUAUAGAAGGUCAUUUCUUGAGCGGAAGGGUUUGACAAAAGAGGAGAUAGAUGAAGCCUUUCGACGUGUACCAGAUCCAACCCCAGCUGCCACAGCGACGCAGACGGUUGUUACUACUCAAGAUGGGCAGGUGAAAUCUUCCUCAAAUGUUCAACAGCAGCCUCCAGCACAAGUAGUGCAACCUACACCUACUGGACCUGUGACCAGCAUUUCAAAAAUGGGGACACUCUCUCGAUUUCAUUGGUAUCAUGCUAUUCUUGCUGUGGGGUUUCUGGCUGCAUCAGGGGCUGGAACAGCAGUACUUUUCAAGAAUGCAGUUAUUCCCAGGUUGAAGUCUUGGAUUCGUAGGGUUGUAUUGGAAGAAGAUGAAGAAGGUCAGAUCAAGAAAAACGAUUCAAAACCAAGUAUAGCAGAAGAAGCUGCUGCUGCUGCAAAAGCUGCUGCAGCAGCAGCAGCUGAUGUAGCUCGAGCUAGCCAGGAGAUGUUGACGACAAAGAGUGAAGAGAAGAGAUGCUUUGAGGAGCUGAUCAGUAUGUUAAAUGUCCAAGUAAAUGAGAUGAAAUCAAUGAGCAGUGCAAUACAGAACUUGGAAGGAAAAAGUAUACAAGGAAGAAUUGCUGUGGAGGAACAGGAUAAUAGAGGGGUUUCAGGGACCACUUCUAGGCAACCGUAUGUGAAUGGCAAGGCAGAUACCGAUUCACAUUCAGUGAGAUCUUUGUCGCCACCUUCAUCUGCAGAGCCUUCUGUUCCUCCUCACCCUAAGUCAUAUAUGGAGAUAAUGGCAAUGAUACAGAGAGGUGAAAAACCAUCCAAUAUUAGGGAGAUCAAUGACGCACCACCAAACCCCAAUCAACCAGUAUCAAAUCCACGCUUAGCACCAAGGCCAAAGCCGUGGGAAGUUGGCCAAGCUCAGAGCAGUUCUGUCAAUGCUUACCCGACCCAAGAGAGCAGCAACAGCUCAGCGUACGAGUACCCAGAUAACCAGCUGAACGGAGAUGAUGCAGCGCCAUGGUGGCAACGGAAGAAUGUUAGAAUCACAGAAAUUGAAGCUGGUGAGGAGCAAAAACGUGGAUCUUCAAAUGUGUUGACUAAUGAACAACCGGCUCGGAGGUCAUGGGUACCUCCCCAGCCACCUCCGGUUGUGAUGCCUGAAGCAGCUGCUGCCAUACGACAACCAAAGAAGGCUUCAUAUCAGACAGAGCAACUGACCGACGACCAACUACUAGCACGUGCUGCUGAUGGAACCGACGAGUUGCAAAGAAUCACCAAAUUCUCUGAAUCUGGUGGUGCCUUGGAGGCAAACGGUGAGAAUUGCGGGCUUCACUCCACUGAGAUGCCAAAGGAAGAUAACGGCACUUAUUUGGAGGCAUAAUUGAAGAAGAAGCAAUUUCUGAGGUUGAUUUGAGGGACCCUGGAGACAGAAGUCGAUUGUUACAAUAAAAGACGAGAGAAUGUGCUUGCUGCACUUAUCUCUCGCUUAUCUUUAGUCUACAUCUGAAAUGAAUAUUAAACCAAAGCGCAGAUUUGACAAGUACUGGCAAGAUUAUAUACCUACCAUGUCUUACAAACAGCUUCUACUACUACAGUCAGUUACCGACAAUGUAAUACUCGUCUCUCUAUGAUCGCUUGCCAAUCUUUGAAUCGUAUUAUUAUCAUCUAUAUCAGCUGAGUACUCCAGAUAUAAACUUAGAACCUGUGUCAGCUGGUUGGUGCAAAAGUAACAUUGAAACCAUGCAUUAUAGCA